AGGAAGAAAUCUUUGGAACGAAACAGUCUGAGCUCAACAUUGCGAACGCGAGUAUCUACAACCGUUUCACAAGUGAUUCACGCGGAAGAAACACUUUUGAUAUUUUGAUUUGCAUAUUUGUCUACUCAAAAAUGUUUAGUUCAAGAACAAAUUCAAUCAAUUCAGGACUUCAAAUCUCACAAAAAAUGCUGAAAGAUCGUAUUAACUUGGCGAUGAUCGAGAUGCAAAACAACAUUAUCAAAACACCAUGCGAGAGAACAUAUUUAUUGAACGAAGAUGAUGGUAUCAAUCUUUGUCUCAAGAAAGAAAAUCGCCAAGUCACCGGUAGUUUCGAAGCACGCAGCGCACUUUAUGCUCUGCUGAAACUUUCAGACGCGCAGAAACGAAACGGUGUAAUAUCGGCCUCGACAGCCGAUUUCGCUUUGUCACUCUGUCAUUUUGGAGAUAAAUUAAAAAUACCGGUAACAGUGGUACUACCGACAACAACGCAAUUAAAAAUUCAUACGUACCAAUGGACAACUGCCACGAUGAUAUUCAAAGGCGAUGACUUAAAUCAAGCCAGAUUAUUUGCUUUGAUGCUAGCGAAGGAAAAAACCAUGCACUAUAUUAAAAGAUGCCAUACAAAUAUGAUUAUAGGCUAUGGAACACUAGCCAUGGAAAUUAUGGAAGAAGUACCUUUUCUUGAGGCGGUGUUGGUGCCUUAUGAUAAGACAGAAUUAAUAAGAAGUUUUAACAUGAUUAUGAAAAAUACAAAUAUCCAAAUUCUCACAAUCCAACCACAAGAUAUUAAAAGUGACGAAGAUGUACAAUCCGAAGGACAGAUAAAAGUUGAAAAAAGUUUGAUAGCAAAUGCCAUGUUACUUCUAUUCGAAAAGGAAAAAUGUGUCGUUGACAUUGGCGGAGCGACUUGUUUAGCAGCUAUGCUUGAUGACAGUGUUCAACACAAAUUGAAAAGAAAACGGGUGGUGGUAGUAUUGCCUAGCUGUCACAUCGAUAUGACUAAUUUGGUCCAAUAUGUGGAACAAGCACUAAUUAGCAAGCAUUGCCUCAUGGAAUUCACGCUAAUGAUCUCGAAGCAGCAACCUAGCAUAGCGGAACUUCAUAAUAUGCUAGUGCAAUUAAAAGUUACAAUAAAAAAUAUUCAGAUACAGCAGAAACAAACAUCAAUGUCCAAAAUUAGCGUUAAAGUCGUUUGCGAAAUUAAGAAUAAGCAACACGCCGAAAUAAUCACAGAUUUUAUUAAAUUGAAAUAUAAACAUAUAAACAUUAUGAGUUAGAAAUUUUCAUCAAUUUCAAUCCGCUAUCUAUUCUUACUGAAUAAAAAGAAAAUUAUUAAUUAUAAUUAUAUAUUUCAUUCUUAUGACGACAAAAAGGUGUGACGAUAAUUUUAAUAACACAAUCAGAAUGUAAUACUUCAAUCACAUUAUAUUCAAUAAUCAAUCAAAGUUUCUCAAAUGCUUAUAGUGACAUAAAUUGUACAAGAAACAAACAUUACAAUGAUACAUAUUUUUCAUUAUUAAUACAUUUGCGUGGAUUAAAACAACACUUUGAACUAAUUUUACCUUAAGUAU